AUGGGAAAAGGGACGGACAAGCUGUACAUCACCCACUCCGAGUGGUCCUCCGCCGACGCCUUCUCCGCCUCGACGGGCGCCCGCGCCCAGGCCUCGAACGGCUCUUUCAAGCGCCUGCCCUUCAACUUCUGCGCCGCCUCUCUGCAGCCCUUCCAGAACCCCGUCUGCACCAAGGACGGCCUCAUAUUCGACCUCGAGGUCAUCUCCAAGUGGCUCGACUCGCACGACACGAACCCCGUCGACGGCGAGCCCCUGCAGCUGAAGGACCUCAUCAAGCUCAACUUUGCGCGCAACGGCGAUGUCGACUCGAGGGGAGCCGACGGCCUGGGCAAUGGCGGGAAGGGCGACCUCAUUGACCCCGUCACCUUCAAGGUCUUCACCGACAACACCCAUAUCGUCGCCAUCCGCCACGGCAACUACGCAAACGUCUUUGCCUGGGACACGGUCGAGCGCAUGAACAUCAAGGCCAAGAUGUGGAGGGAUCUGCUCGACGACGCCGAGUUUGGCCGCUCCGAUAUUAUCACGCUGCAGGACCCUCAAAAUGCACCCAGCCGGGACCUCAGCCAGUUCAAGUACCUAAAGGACGGCGAGGAGGCGCUCCUCACGAAGCAGCAGGAGGAGGAAAGGAAAGAGGGCAAUGUCAACAUCAGCGCUCUGGGAAGAGUGGGCGACAAGGUGCUGCGCGCAAAAGAGGCCGUCGAGAAGGCGAGGCGCGAGCGCGAGGCCGGCGGCGACGUCAAUCGCUCCAAGGCCCUGGCCAAGACAUCCACAAACAACGGGCCACGCACCUCCAUGAUCCAGGACAAGAAGCGCGCAGACAAUGCUGCUGUAUACACCACCGGCAGGGCGGCUGCCAGUUUCACAUCCACGGGUCUAACCCCCGAGACCAGCAGCGAGCGCGCUCUGCUGUCCGACGAGGAGUACAUGCUCAAGCCCAAGCGCAUAAAGCAGAAGGGCUACGCGCGAAUCGAGACCAAUCUCGGCGACUUGAACAUCGAGUUACAACCCGAGUUCGCGCCCAAGGCCGUCUGGAACUUCGUACGUCUCGCCCAGAAAGGUUAUUACAAGGGCGUGUCCUUCCACCGCAACAUCCGGAACUUUAUGCUCCAGGGCGGCGACCCGAGCGGCACCGGUAGGGGAGGCGAGAGCAUAUGGGGCAAGAACUUCGCCGAUGAGUUCGAGGGCCCCAACACGCACGAUGCCAGGGGCGUGCUGAGCAUGGCCAACAAGGGCAAGAACACAAACUCGUCACAGUUCUUCAUCACCUACAGGCCCGUCAAGCACCUGGACCGGAAACACACCAUCUUCGGCAAGGUCGUGGGCGGCAUGGACGUCCUGUCCAAGCUGGAGGACGUCCCGACCGACGGCUCGGACCGCCCGCUCAACAAGAUCUUCAUCAAGGACGUCGUCGUCUACCUGGACCCCUUCGAGGAGUUCCAGAAGAGCCGCCGCGAGACGGAGCGGGUGGCCGAGCGCAACGCCGAGAUCCAGCGCCGCGGCGGCACCGAGGACGACCGCACCACCUGGACCGGCAAGCGCAUCCGCCAGGACGGCACCGUCGACCGCGACGGCGCCGGGCCCGGCGUCGGCAAGUACCUGCAGGACGCCCUCAAGAAGCAGAAGGGCGCCCAGGCCGCCGAAGACGAGAUCCUCGAGGAGGACGUGCCAGACACGUGGGAGGAGCCGGUCCGGAAAAAGGCCAAGUCGGGUGGGUUUGGGAACUUCGAUGCAUGGUAA